AUGCUGGCCGUCCGCUCCAUGGCCGCCCCUGCGCGGCGCCAGUUCGCCCGCGCAGCUCCCCGCGCCACGGUCGCCUUCAGCCAGACACAAUGCCAGAGGAGGUGGAUCUCGGGCGAGAGGGUGGCCAAGUACAAUGGCGUCAAGGACAAGAACGGCAACUUCCCCGUGAGCCUGAUCGAGGGCGACGGCAUCGGGCCCGAGAUCUCGCAGGCCGUCAAGGACAUCUUCGCCGCCGCAAAGGCGCCCGUCGCGUGGGAGCCCGUCGACGUCACGCCCAUCCUCAAGGACGGCAAGACUGCCAUCCCGGACUCGGCCAUUGAGAGCAUCGAGCGCAACAAGGUCGCCCUCAAGGGCCCGCUCGCCACGCCCGUCGGCAAGGGCCACGUCUCGCUCAACCUGACGCUGCGCCGCACCUUCAACCUCUUCGCCAACCUGCGGCCCUGCCGCUCCGUCGCCGGCUACAAGACCCCCUACGACAACGUCGACACCGUCCUGAUCCGCGAGAACACCGAGGGCGAGUACUCGGGCAUCGAGCACACCGUCGUCGACGGCGUCGUCCAGAGCAUCAAGCUCAUCACCCGCGAGGCCUCGGAGCGCGUGCUGCGCUUCGCCUUCCAGCAGGCCCAGGAGAUCGGCCGCAACAAGGUCCGCGUCGUCCACAAGGCCACCAUCAUGAAGCUGUCCGACGGCCUGUUCCUGUCCACCGCCCGCGACGUCGCCAAGGACUUCCCCGGCAUCGAGCUCGACGACGAGCUGCUCGACAACACCUGCCUCAAGAUGACCACCGACCCCAUCCCCUACAACGACAAGGUCCUCGUCAUGCCCAACCUCUACGGCGACAUCCUGUCCGACAUGUGCGCCGGCCUUAUUGGUGGCCUCGGCCUGACCCCCUCGGGCAACAUCGGCGACGAGUGCUCCAUCUUCGAGGCCGUCCACGGCUCCGCCCCCGACAUCGCCGGCAAGGGCCUCGCCAACCCCACCGCCCUGCUGCUCUCCUCCAUGAUGAUGCUGCGCCACAUGGGCCUCGGCGACUACGCCGACCGCAUCGAGAAGGCCGCCUUCGCCACCCUCGCCGAGGGCAAGGCCCUGACCGGCGACCUGGGCGGCAAGGCCAAGACCAACGAGUACGCCGCCGCCAUCAUCUCCAAGCUGUAA